AUGAGCAGGUAUACAAACAUAUCGUGGGAUAACGUUGAGUAUACUGUUGGCAGCGACGUUUCUGGGGUAGAUUUCUCCUUGAGAGAGGAUUGGUAUAACCGGCCGGCUAGUAAAUGGGCAAUGCGAUGUAUUGGCCUUCUACAGAGCAAGAUAGAAGGCUUUACGUGCAGAAUCUAUCGCGCUAACAGAUACGGCAAGCACAACAUUUCAAGAAUGAUUCCUGCUCAUAUUAUUAUACAGUUUGCUAAUGAAGCUUUUGGAUAUAAUGGAUGGUCUACAGAAGUGCUGGAUUUGGCUAUAGCGGAAUCUCCCGUAGAUAAGGACGAUGAAGAUUUGGACAAGAAACUCCAUACGGUGUCGGCGCACGCGGUUAUAAAGUUAACAUUAAAAGAUGGCACGAAUACAGAGGCCACAGGAUUUGGUAAAGCUAGUUUACUAAAUAAGGGCGAUGCUUAUGCAAAGGCUAAAAAGGAAGCUAUAAACAACGCUUUAAAGAAGUGCCUGACGUCUUUCGAGAAUAUUAUAAUUCAAUAUGAAGAAGAUGUGGCGAACAAUUUCUAUACAGACGGGCUAUAUGGAUCUCGCAUGAACGGUUAA